AUGACGGAAUUUCGAGUCCCUAUGCACCAGGGUCCCCCUCACCGGAAGCCCCUACCUAACUCCCAGCAUGGCUUCCCAUAUCAGCCCUAUGAUGCUCCCCGGACAGUAGCACCUCAUUUGUCAGGACCCCCAAGCGCCCACAGUCGGACUCGCACUACCUCUUCCAACGUUUUCCCGUAUGCAGGAGGCGCUCACGCUCAACAUGGUCAGCACUAUCAAUAUGCUCCUCCUCCAUUAACUCCUCAACAAUCCAUGGCUCCUCCGAUGGGCUACCCUCCAUCGCGAAGAAUGUCGAGCACAACCACAUCCACUACUUCGACUGGAAAUCAGUAUAUGCACGUUGACACCGAUAUCCGACGGAGCGCCUCAAAUCGUUCAGCUAAUUCUCAGCUUGGAUACGUGGCCCUCAUGCGGCGGCAAAAAGCGACAGUUUGGUGCGACCGAGUACAACCAGAGGAUGCACGGGCGCGGGCACAGGCACUCCGUGACAAAAAGCGGGCGUACCUGGAGGUUCAUGGGUCUGGACGAUCAGGGACUCUCUCUAGUGGCAAGAUUCGCCACGGAACCAAGAGUGGUCUUGAAUUUUCGCCGUCGAAUCUCGUGGGAGCGAAGGUGCCCGUGCGCCUCAGCGCUAAUGAGGUGGGCGAUGGCGACGAAGCUCAGAGUAUUGAGGGCGGUGCUAUGCACCGGCGCACUGGCAGUGGACGUAGCUCCUUGGGAAGCAAUCGGUACCCUAGUGGAUACCAGCGGACUCAGGGAACUAUGGGCAGCAACAGCUCACCGCCGAAUGAGAGAACCGACCUUCCAGGUGUGUCAGAAAACACUCAUGCUGAGGUUCAGGAAGAGGAGAAAUUCCGGACAUCGUCUCUUCAUAGGGAAGACACCGCUACCUCUCAUAGUAGUGAGCAAGAUGACUUUGUAGGUGAUAUGGAGGCACCAACUGCAGCGGCUCAAGCAGCUACAAAAGCCAAGAAGGCAGCUGAUCUGCGGCGACGAGGUAGUGUCGAUGAACGGACUACUUCCAUGACCAAUGUGCGGCUGUUCGUUGCAAAUCCUGACCUCAGCGACUAA